UCUACAAACUGAGCUCGUGGUGAUCGCACGCGUGACGCGCUCAGCAGCUGCUACGAAUUAAAUUAUCGUUUUAUUUAUGUUUAAGUGAUAGUGAUUGUUGCAAAUCCUCAAGAGCUUAGUCACCUGGCUGAAAAAUACGUUGACGCAUAAUUAAUGCUAAAGUGAUAACCGCUUGUUUAUAAAAAAUAUUUAACAAGAGUUUUCCGUGGAAUAAGCCUUAAAAUGCGUGUCAAUCAAACAAUGAUAUUCUGCAAUCUUUUGCUCGUGGUGCUGCUGACAGUUUGCUCUCAUGCCAAGCCUCUGGAGGAUUUGAACUCUGCAACUGCAAGCGAGGGAUCCAAAAAUAAAACAGCUGUCAGUGCUGGCGAGGAGUUGAAUACCGCAACAAAUCUGGUCUUGGCUGAAAACUACAAGUAUGACGUGGAAAUUCUAGAGUCUGGCGCUGACGAAAAAGCAGAGAUUGAUAGCAGCGAGGAGCUGGAGGAGCGCUUCAAAGGACAUGGUAUCUACAAUACAGAUACCGAUACCUUUGCGGCCGAGAAUAUAGAAAUGACACCCGCAGCCCAGACAAGUGCGUUCAGUGAGAAUCACUUGGUGCUUAGCGUUGUUAUCAUUGUGCUGGCGUUGCUUUCAAUUUGCCUGUAUGCCGGAUUGGUUAUUUGGCGUUCGCAUUUGGAGCAGCGUUAUGGCAUGCGCGAGAGACUCGUCAACAGGGAUCUGGAAGAGGAAGGCGUUGACGAUACAGAUCAUCACGUGAGACAUCCACACACACUCAGCCCCUACGCACCAACCACGACCCCGGCUACAACACGCUCGUAGUCUGAUGGCCGCUUAUAUUAGCUGGUGUGGGUUGAGCUUCACUUACGCUUAAGUAUGUUUAAAAUUGCACUUGAUAAUAUCAUUAUUAAUUGAGCACAUGCAUACACACACGCACUCACUCACAGUUGUGAAUGAGUGCUUGUAAUUAAUGCCAUAAAUUGAUGCCCAUGUUUGUAUGCAUGUAUACAGAAUACCUGUUUAAACGAGUGCAUUUUCAUCUAAAAUUAUCAUUCAACAACAUGUCAAUUAAGAACACUGAAAGUUCUUCUAGAGCUCCCACUAAUGAGUUAGUUUUAAGUUUCUGUGAUAUUGUUAUAGAUACUCUUUGUAAUACUUUGUACUAACCAUUCUUUGUAAUAAACGACAUUCUUAAUCAUAAUU